GGUAUAUUGCUAUUAGUAUUCAUUGAAUACAGUGUUUGUGUUGAUGUGAACACAACAUCGGGUGUAGUGAGAGGUCUGACAGUGAAUGCAUUGAACACAAGUGUCGACCAGUUUUUGAACAUUCCUUACGCCGAACCCCCGGUCGGGAGCCUUAGGUUUGCUAAACCUGUACCCCUUAAAGAGCCCAUAAAAGAGAUUAUAGACGGAACGGAAACCGGGAACUCAUGUUUUCAAUUAUUACCAGACAUUGUCAAACAAUUUAUCGGAAAUUUAACGCUAAGUGAGGACUGUUUGGUACUAAACGUAUGGACACCUCAUGUCAGAAAUCAUAACUCAUCAAAAGACUUACCACUAAAACCAGUAAUGUUUUGGAUUCAUGGCGGGGCCCUCGCUCUCGGGUCAUCAUUUCAAUACCAAUACAACGGCAGUGCACUGGCAGCUCAUGAUGUGGUGGUUGUGUCCAUGAACUAUAGAUUAGGACAGUUUGGGUUCCUAUACGGCGGCGAUGAGACCGCUCCCGGAAAUUUAGGAUUUUUUGACCAGUUAUUGGCACUCAAAUGGGUGAGAGAAAACAUUCACAAAUUUGGUGGGGAUAGGGAUCAAAUCACUAUAUUUGGUCAGAGCGCCGGCGGUUGGUCCGUAUCGGUCCAGUUAUUCUCUCCCUUAUCGAAAGGCCUGUUUAAGAGGGCUAUUAUGGAAAGUGGUGCCCAUAUGUUCAAUAAGGACAGGGAUGUUAAGAGUAAAAGUGAAGCCUUCGCUGAGGCUAAACAAAUGGCAAAGCAUUUCAAUUGUAGUGAAAAUGAAUGGUUAGAGUGUUUGCGGAAAGUGGAUGCAGAGCACUUGAAUGAAGUCCAAUUGGGUAUGACUACGGCCACACUCGACACGGAAUACCUCCCGGUGUCAGCACUUAAAGCGUUUCAAACACAAAAAUUUAACAAGGAUCUGGACCUAAUGGCAGGUGUGGCCGCACACGAGGGCUCAAGUCUUUUAUAUAGUAUGCUUCAGGAGAUACCCCACAACCUCACGGAAUCCCAAUUCAAACAAAUGGUUCAGGGUUUUGAUUAUAUAUUUCACGAAUUGAAUGCAACGGCUAUUACGGAAUUUUAUAUGAGCAAUAUUAACAAAAGUGAUCCAGACCAAGUCAAAUGGGCCGCGUAUGACAUGUUCGGUGAUUUGAUGAUCACGUGUCCCACCUAUCAAUUUGCCAAAAACUAUGCCACACACUCGAGCGCCGGUAGUGUGUAUUUCUAUGAGACUACGUAUACUAGGACUAAUAGGAUAAGUCCAGAGUUUGAUGUCACCCACGGGGCUGAACUAGAUUUUGUGUUUGGUUUGCCACAAAUUUACCCUGAUAAGAAAGAUACCCAAGUGGACAGGGAGUUUAGUUUGCAAGUUAUGAAAAUGUGGACUGAUUUCGCAAAAUACGGG